AUGCCAGAGCAGCUCACGUAUUACGGAAACAAGACAGAGAUAGCCCUUCAUGAGGCGCAGGCUCAGUACACGAAUUGCGAUGUCGACUUUGAGAACAAGCCAGACUGGUUUGUGAAAGUGAAUCCUGCCGGAAAGGUCCCAGCGAUCACGUAUGGCGGUCCAUCUGUCCCGCCUGACCAGCCUUCGCCCGAGUCAGCCAAGAUCGCGGAAUCAGUGAUCAUCCUCGAGUUCAUCGCAGACCUCUACCCAUCCUCCGGUCUCUUACCCUCUGACCCUGUCAAACGUGCGCAGGCACGCUUCUUCAUUGACGCAGUCAACAACAAGUUCAAUCCCCUGGCUGCUGGUUGGAUGCGAGGCGGGCCCGUGAACGGACUCGUUGAAGCGAUCAAGACACUGCAGGCGCUGCUUCCUGAGGAUGGACUGUUUGCGAUCGGAGAUGAGUUCACCAUCGCGGAUGCCGUUAUUGCUCCGGCUUGGGCGCGGCUGCGACUCAUCGUGGACAAAGGCAUUGGAGAGGAGUUUUUCGCGCAAAAUAUAAUCGCAGCCAGGGAGGCUCUGGAGUCUCCAGAGCUGGCCAAAUUUGUGGCCUACGGAAAUCGCGUCCUUGAGCGGCCGAGUGUGAAGGCAUCCUGGCAUGAGGAUCUAGUCGCACCAUACUUCGAGAAAAGGUUUGAUAAGCUGCUGAAGAGUCUUGCUUCGACGCACUCGGUGACUCGUCCGGUUCGCCACACAAACAUCAAGCAUGGCAGCACUGGAGGUGCGCUUGACGGGGAAGGUAUACGCACCGUUCUCGAGUUCGACCGUCCCAUCACACUGCUCUCCUCUUGCUCUGCGCGCAUUUUCCCUACAUCGACGGCGGUGUACGCCAUCGAGACCACCAAAUCCUUCGCCUCGACGAAGACGAUAGUCAGAAGCCCUCAGACAGGCAAGGUUGUUGCGACGGUCGCACGCAACAACCUCCUUCCGGACACGACGACGUUCGGUUGUUCAGCGGACGGCGUCGAGGAGGAGAGGUUUAAGAUGGGAAAAUGGCUUAACACGCCCAAAUCCCGCCCCUUCCCGCUGCAGCUCGAGCUCAAUGGUAUUGGCUACGUGUGGACCCUAGGCGCCGGGAGAAGGCUCGUAUUGAAGGCUGCCUCUGCUACCGAUGAUAGCGCUGAAUCAGAUACGGUACUCGCGUGGCAUGAACCCGUCGCCGGCACAGGCGGUCGUCUCUUCCUUACCCCUGAAGCAGAUCAGAUUCGCGAUUGUGUCGUAGUGGCAUAUAUACACGCAUGUCUAACGGGCGACUCUUGGUUUGAUAUGAAUGUAAUACUGCUCGCGUAUAUAUUCGAGACAUCUUAG